AUGAAAUGGAUUGUUGCGCCAGCGCAGGUCUCGAGGGACAAAACCGGUACUUUACCCUCGGAAACCAGUUUCAGACUUCGACUGCCAACUCCUCUGCGCGCAUCCACUGGACUCGAUCCAAGCCAACACCACCCUCACACCACAUACAACACAGGAAAUAAACACUUACUCCAGCAAACAGGCCAUAGCACCAUGUCGAGUCUCCUUCGCUCCGAGGAGAUGUCCCUCGUGCAGAUCUUCAUCCCUCCAGAUGUCGCUCAUCCAACCGUCGCCGAACUAGCCAAGCUGGGAAGGGUCCAAUUCAAAGAUCUCAAUGCAGAUGUCAAUCCGUUCCAAAGAACCUAUGUGGCCGAAAUUCGAUUGCUCGAUGAGAUGACCCGUCGACUAACCUUCUUCAAUUCGCUCUUAGAGGCCGAAAACAUCACCGCCCGGCCUCUGCAACAUUCCACAUCCGCCCAUCUGCUGGACCCGUCGUCGGACUCGCACUAUGCCUCAUUACUGGACUCGUUGAACUUGGAGCUCAAGGACCAAGAGAUCCGUCUGAACACGAUGAAUGCAAGCUACGAUACUCUCCGAAAGAGACUCGGCGAAUUAGAAGAGGCCCAACAUGUCCUCCGCGAAACUGCGAUCUUCUUCGAACGCGCCCAACAUCGUAGUCCGGAAGAAGAGCGUCAGACGAGGGGCAGCUUUGACGACGAUCGCGCCGGUCUGUUGGACCAUGCCGCCGAGGCAGGCCGCGCUGACCUCCCUGAUGAAAGCGGGCCUGGUGGGGCUGCUUUCGAGCUGGAGUUCGUGGCCGGUACGAUCGAUCGGGCCCGAAUGCCUACGUUCGAACGAGUUCUUUGGAGAGUCCUGCGCGGGAACCUAUAUUUGAAUUGGGCGGAAAUUGAUGAGCCACUAACCUCGGCCAUGGCUGCUUUGCCGGCCUCGGCCUCACAAGCCGAGCAAGAAAAGGCCAAAGCUAUGCGCAAAGUGGUCUUUAUAAUCUUCGCUCAUGGCGAUGAACUACGAAGCAAGAUCCGAAAGAUCUCAGAAUCCUUGGGCGCAAACGUUGUACCAGUUGAUCCGAACCCAUCCGUCCGAGAAAAUUCGCUGAGAGACAUAACUUCACGGAUCGAGGAUAUCAGUGUGGUCUUAUACAACACCAACCAGACCCGACGCAACGCGGUCAGUAACAUUGGCGAAGCCUUAGCGGGAUGGUGGGCGGUAGUGAGGAAGGAGAAAGUGAUCUAUGCGACAAUGAACAAGUUCUCACACGACCAACGUCGAUCGGCUCUCGUCUCCGAAGGCUGGGUUCCGACCCGUGAUAUCUCUGCAGUCCAACAGGCGCUCUAUCGAGCCACCGAGAGAUUGGGCACCGGUGUCCCGGCGAUCUUGCAUGAACUUCGGACAUCGACUAAGCCGCCAACGUUCCAUCGGACUAACAAAUUCACCGAAGGCUUCCAGGCUAUCGUCGAUGCUUAUGGGAUCGCCACCUAUCAGGAAGUCAAUCCCGCUCUCUUCACCAUCAUCACCUUCCCCUUCCUCUUCGCCGUCAUGUUCGGCGAUAUCGGCCAUGGGUUCAUCAUGUUCAUGGCCGCCCUUUACUUGGUCGUCAAAGAAAAUGAACUCGGGAAAGUUAAGAAUGAGAUCUUUUCGAUGUUCUUCUUCGGUCGUUACAUCAUCCUAUUGAUGGGCGCCUUUGCAGUCUUCACGGGCAUCAUGUACAACGAUAUCUUCUCACUUUCACUGACUCUAGCCCAAUCGGCGUGGAAGUGGCCCGAGCACAUCUCGCCGGGCACGGUGACGGCCGAGCUAACUGAUGCUCGUUACCCUCUCGGGAUCGAUCCUAAUUGGCAUGGGGCCGAAAACAACCUCAUCUUUACUAACUCGUUGAAAAUGAAGAUGUCCAUCAUCCUCGGGGUCAUACAUAUGACUUUUGCCAUCUGCUUACAAGUUCCAAACCAUCUCUUCUUCGGUCGGUUUAAUAGCAUCUGGGCCGAAUUUCUGCCUCAGCUUUUGUUCAUGGAGUCCAUCUUCGGUUACCUCGUGUUGACGAUUCUUUAUAAGUGGUCUAUCGAUUGGUCUCAACCUGGUGCAAGAAACCCUCCCAACAUCUUGAAUAUGCUGAUUUACAUGUUCUUAGCACCAGGAUCGGUUGAUCCGGAGGAGCAGCUCUAUGCGGGCCAGCCGUUCAUCCAAGUCGUGCUCUUAUUACUGGCCCUGGUCUGCAUUCCAUGGAUGCUCUGUGUGAAGCCGUAUCUGGAAUACCAGGCGCAUCAGAAGAUCCUCGGCCAGGGAUACGGAAGAGUGGCCGGUCAAAACCACAGUCAGGAUGAGCUACGACGGACUAGUCAUGAGGUGGACGAAGAAGAAGCCGGCCAUGUGGCCUCUCAUCAUGACGCUGACGGUGAUGAACAUGGCUUCGAUAUGGGCGAUAUCAUCAUCCAUCAGUCCAUCCAUACGAUCGAGUUCGCCCUCGGCUGUAUCUCUAAUACCGCCUCCUACCUCCGGCUUUGGGCCCUCUCACUCGCCCAUGCCCAGUUGAGCGAAGUCUUGUGGUCGAUGACUAUCAAGCUCUCGUUUGGAAUCGAGGGUCUGUUGGGCAUCGUCGCGACGGUCUUCUUGUUUGCGAUGUGGAUGAGCUUGACUGUCGCUAUCUUGAUCGUCAUGGAAGGUCUCUCCGCGUUCUUGCAUGCUCUCAGAUUGCAUUGGGUCGAAAGUAAUGGCAAACAUUAUGAGGGUGCUGGAUAUCAAUUCGAUCCCCUAUCGUUCAAGGGUAUUGAUGAAGGAUUCGAUUGAUUCGAUGCCCCUCCUCCCCCUCUGACCUUCCUCCUCAAGACUCACCCCCCCCCCC